AUGUUCUUUUCACAGAUACCAGACGAGAUAAUUCAACAUUUGCUCUAUUACAUCCCUCCCGAAGACAACCUUGCUAGCUUUCAGUUUCUCUCUCAUCGCUUAAGGCACUUGGCCAAUGAACCACUACUCUGGAGAUAUCAUUGCCAAACUAGCUUCACUUUCUGGCAUCCUGAGCACAAUUUCCACCGUCGACUAAAGGGCAGAGCCUCCAACACACCCUGGAAAGAAAUAUUCCUCACAAGGAAGUCCCGCAAUGCCCGGGUUGAACGUCUUCUCGGUGAAGUCCUAGAGACUAAGACUGGUCGCCUAAAACGAUAUGAAAAAGUUUGCAAACUCGGCUAUGACGCCAAAGACUAUCUCUUAGAGCAAUGCAAUGCCGAUGAAAGCGCUGGAGAUGUCUUGGCUAGACGAUAUCACAGUAGUUCCUUGCUGGACAGCAUCCACAGAUCUCUCGCCAUAGAGGAGUGGCAUAAUAUCCAACAAGCCAUUCAACAUACGAGCAGACAGGCCAAUGGACGACCAACGAAUCUCAGUCUCGAGCGAGCGCUGGGUGCAUUCGAUCUAUUCGUAUUGCAUGAUCAAUCUGGGGAUUUAGAGGAUAUUGGUCAUAUUCUGGAUAGACUCGCAGCAGACUUUCGUGACAUUCAGCCAAGUAUUGAUGAGAUGUCAACGCGCCAGAAAGCGUUGGAGCUGAACCGAUGGCUUCAGCUAAACAACCUCACAGGCUUACAGCACCCUGAGCGAAACUACCGAAACUUGCGGAAUUGUCUGAUUGGCCAGGCCCUUCGUCAUGAAGACCACGACUCCAUCCCUAUUAUCUCGAGUGCCAUCUUCUGCUGUAUUGCAGAACGGUUGGGUCUACAAGCGCACUGUUGUGCUUUUCCUACUCACGUUCAUGCCAUAGUCUUUGCCGAGAAUGGAAUGACUUUGGAUAGCAAGCCUGUCACCGAUGACGAUGCGCCUCAUGAAAAAAUGUAUCUGGAUCCCUAUGGCUCUAGCGAGGAGAUUCCCUUGGCCGAUUUACAGACCAUGCUGGCUCAUUACGGUUGGCAGACAAGCACCGACAUGUUCCUAUCUCCUGUAGACCCUGCUGCCAUUGCUAUACGCACAGCACGCAACAUCAGAGCCACCGCUUCCAGAGUGAUUGAAGCACGCGAGCAAGCUGACCCUGAUCUCACACGGCUGAUCACUGGUAAUGAUUCUUCCAACAUUGAUGCCGCUCUAUAUUCGGCACUUUGGGCUUCCCUACUCCUAACACCUGUCGACUCUUUCGAAUGGGACGAGGCUUUGGAACCGUUCCUGCACCGAUUCGCCAAGAACUGGCACGUAGAUGCAUGGCUCGUUGAGAAGUACAUUUUUCCUUUGUACGAUGGAUUCGGCCCCCUUCGUGAGAGACUUAUGCGGAACCGUCGAUGGGAUGACCCUCGCGAGGUUGUAUACCUCGUGGGUGAGUUUGAUGACGUUCCACCCCCAGUUUUCCGUAGGAACAGCGCACGAACACAGCAUGUGCUCUACAAGAUCGGGCAGGUCUUUAAACACCGGCGAUACGGCUGGAUCGGUGCUGUCAACGGUUGGACCGACCAGGGUACGCGGCGUUUACCCAUGCCACAUACUGUGGCUAUUGACGAGACGCUGGACGAUAACAGCGAUACAGAACUACCUAACCGAUUGCGCCCACGCAAUAAGACCUUCUAUACGUGCUUGCGCACAACAGGACCUGAAAGACAUGUUGUCGCCGAAGACAAUAUCGUGCUGAUUGACGAUCCGAGCGAGAUUCCAGAUUCACUGUUCCGCCAAGCUGGAAAGUUCUUCAAGCGAUUCGAUGCUGAGACGUGCACAUUUGUGUCCAAUAUUACGGAGCAAUACCCGGACGACUAG